CAACAGUGCCUUGAAUACUUUGAUUGCUGAAGGCAGUGUCACACGUACCUCUACUGGAAUAUGAUAGAUCACAGUGUUUCAGUUACAUAAGAAUUAAAACAGAGAACAGGUAGAUAAUCCUAAUCCCAGCUAAUCCUCUGUGGACCUAAGAGGGAUUAACAGCCUUUAACAAGAUGAGUGCAAAAAAGGCCUUCACCCCUGGAGGACCAAAAAUGAAGGAACCAGCCUUCAGAACCCCGAUGUCCUACAGCCCCAGGAUUGUGGGUAAUAAGCCAGUCCCCUCCCCCUCCAGAUCAGAGCUGUGGAAAAAACAACUGGGCUUUGAAGAUGAUAUUCCAGUGGACUCUCCAUCAGAAUCGGAGGAGGAUGAGAAUCCAUUUGAUGAUUCAGAUAACAAAGAGAAUAUUUCUAUUGUGGAAUACAAGACACUACAGAAACAGCUGGAUGAGAGAAAUGCUGAGAGAGAUGAGCUUUUGUUUACCAUUAGAAAUUUGUCAGAGAAGAACAAAAAGUACAAAAAUAAAUUGGAAAAAGAGGAGAUGACAAAGAGACAACAGAUGAAGAUUCUGUGUAAAACCCAGGAGAUUAACUUAAUGGAGAAGGAUAAGCUGAUUGGUAAUCUACAGAGUCUGGUGGAGGACCAGGAAAACCGAAUCCUGGAACUGGAGCAGUCCAUCAAUGGGAACACGAAUCAGAAACUCCCUGGAAAUGCUAAUGGUGGUGCUAAUUAUAAACUGGUGGAGGACAUAAAGCGACUCCACGAGGAGAAGGUCAACCUCACAAAGAGACUCGAGAUGGUGCAGUCGGAGAUGGAGACUCAUUCCUGUACAAACGGGGUCAGCGAUGACUCCAACAAAGAGAUUAUAGCUCAGCUGGAGAAAGAGAAAAAGGAGUUACAGGAUGAGCUCAGCAAAUACAACAAAAAUAAUUUGCCUUCAGACACAGGGCCUUGUCACACAGAUACAGAGAAACAGGUGGAGAAAUUGCUGUCCCACAACAAGGAACUAGAGGAGGAAGUGCAGGAACUGAGGCAGUCCCAGGCCAGGUCCACUUCCUUGUUUGAGGAGGGGGUGAAAAAACAAAAGGAUCUGGAAGAUGAAUUAAAGAGAUACAGAGAAAAGUUCACCAGACUCAAGGAGAACUUACAGAAGAAAACUGAAGAGCUGAAGGAGAACGAAGUGAAACAUCGAGAGCAGGUCACCAAACUGUCAGAGGAGAACCGUGUCACCUCCAAAAGAAUGAGGGACCUCAUGGUGGAGGUGACCCACCUACAGGCUAGGGAACCUGAGGUUGUCACCAAAAUCAAAGUACAGGAAGUGGAGGUAGAUUCCCAGAAGACUCUGGAUGCCCUUAAAGCCUGUGAGGCCGAGAGAGAGGACUACCGUUGUAAGAUGGAAGAGAGUCAGUCACAGCACUUGCACGUUGUUAGUCUACUGGAGAAGGAACAACACCUCACAGAGACACUAUCAGAGGAGGUCAAUAAGCAGAAGGAGAAAUUGAUAAGUCUCGUCCAGGACACAGCAGAAAAACUAGAAGAAGCAGACAGAGCAAAAGAAGCAGCCAUUCAAAGCACAAAAAUGCAAAUGGAGAGAAAUCUUAAGCAUUUGGAGACUAAGUACAGACAGUUGUGUGAGCAGGUCUCCUUUAUCCUCCCAGCCUACCAGGCGCUAGAGAAGUCCUACGUCCAUCUAGAGGCUGAGUGUAGACAGUUCCCACAAUUACUGCAGGCGGCCAUUACUGAUGUCAAGAAUCAGAUGUGCCGUGCAAUAAGAAAUAUUGAUGACUACAAUAAAGACCUGGUCCGUCGAUAUCACAGAGAGAUGCAGCUCAGGAAAAAAUAUCAUAAUGAACUGGUUGAACUGAAAGGCAACAUCAGAGUAUUUUGUCGAGUACGUCCUAAAAUAAAAGAAGAUGGUGGAGGCAUGAUGGGAAAUAUUGUGGUGGAUUAUGACAGAGAUGACAAUGGGCUCAUCUAUGUGAACAACAAGGGGAGAUCACAGAACUUUGAACUUGAUCUAGUGUUCACUCCAGAGAGCACACAAGAACAGGUGUUUGAGGAGGUUCAAUCCCUGGUGACAUCCUGUAUAGAUGGUUACAAUGUCUGUAUUUUUGCCUACGGACAGACAGGCUCCGGAAAGACCUUCACCAUGGAGGGAGACAGAGAAAAUCCUGGCAUCAAUCAGCGAGCCCUGGCCCUGUUAUUUAAGGAGGUGGAGGGCCGUGGCCAGGACUGGGCAUACACCAUAACAGUCAGUGUGAUGGAGAUCUACAACGAGAAGAUCAGGGAUCUGUUGAGUGAUGAUCCCUCUUACAAGAUGGAGGUAAAGAUGAAUCCAGAGGGAGGGCUACAUGUACCUGGCCUGUGUUCAGAAGAGGUCAGAUCAGUAGAUGAUGUCAAUCAGGUGUUUGCUCUUGGCCAGAAGAAUCGAGCUACUGCCACAACCAAUAUGAAUGAGCAUUCCUCUCGAUCUCAUGCUUUGCUGACAGUACAAGUCGUUGGUGUCAACAAAACCACUAAUGUCAAAACUGUGGGAAAAUUAAACUUGGUAGACUUGGCAGGCUCUGAGCGAGUCAGUAAGUCAGGAGCAGAUGGUACUCGACUUAAGGAGGCUCAGAACAUCAACAAGUCACUCUCCUGUCUGGGGGAUGUGAUCCACGCUCUCCGAAGUAGACAAAGCCACGUGCCAUACAGGAACUCAAAACUCACCUACCUGCUGCAAGACUCUCUUGGUGGUGAUAGUAAGACCUUGAUGAUUGUACAGAUUGCUCCAGUAGAGAAAAACCUUGGAGAAUCAGUGUGCAGUUUGAACUUUGCUCAGCGAGUUCGAACCGUCGAGCUGGGUCAAGCGAGCAGACAAGUGGUUCAAGCUGGAGAUGAGACUAAUGGAGUAUCACCAAGUACCCCAAGCAGAACAACCUCUACACCCAGCAAAGCCCCCUCCACCCCCACCAGAACCAUGAGUCUGAACACACCUACGGGUAGACAGCACACACCAGUCAUAAUGAACAGAACACCAAGCAGCUCCACUAAAGGGUCGUCACUUCGCUAUCCCAAAAGACCAGAUAAAUGAAAGGUCUCGCAGAUGGCCAAAAAAGACAGUAUCAGUAGGAAGUUAUGAUUAAUACAUGAACAUCAUCAGAACAUGACUACUGCAGACUGUGUUUAGAGAGAUUUUAAACUUUAUUUUUUCAUUUAGCUUUAAUUACUCGGCUACCUUGUUGAACCAGUUAAAUUAACAGUGCUUAGGAAAUUCAUAAGCUGAUGUUGCAUGUGGUUAUGUCCCUUUGUCGAACUAUGUGAUGAAGUAUCUCAGGAUAUGCUAAAUUCUUGCAAUGUUUUCUUUUUUUAAUCUUGGUGAUAUUUUCUAGUGCUUGUGCUAUUAUUAUUAUUAUUUUUUUUAACAGCCCCAUCCAUACCCCCAUUCCUUUCCUCAAUCUUUAGUGACAUAAUACAUGUAUUUUUAAUUUAAUUCAAAGGAGUGUGCUCAGUCUGUCAUUGCUGGCAAAUUUUCUGAAUGUUUGAAGACUUUCAUUGCUGAAUAUUGGCUAUCAUCUUUGAAGAUGGAUUUGGCACUUAGUGCAAUAACAAGGUGUUUUAAAUUUUGUUUUUGAUAAUUAAUUUGAAUUUUGUAUGUGUAUGUUUUCUUAGUUGUAAAUACUAGUAGUUAGUUUGUAAUACCCAAACCAUUAUUGAAUGUGUAAUGAUUUUAUUUUCAAAUUAUG